GUGACUUUUGUCAUGUUGCCUUGAAAGACUUAGGGACAUGUGAGAACUUCAAAAAUCAUUUUAAAACCCCAUAAACGAGCCCUUAGCUAGGUUUAUAUUAUUACAUUUCAAUAAAAGAGAAAUGUGGAAAUACAAUUAACAUUUAAACAUUGAAAUGCUUGGUUAUAUAUGGAAUAAUAUCAACUUUACUUACUUUCAAAUUAUUGCAUAUGUCAAACCUAUUCAUGCCACUUCCAAACAUUUUUAACUUGUUUUUAGAAUCAAAGAUACAAAUUGUACCGCUCCAUUUAAUGUGGAAACAUUAUAUUUAAAUAAGUAUUACAUUCUAUGUCAUUGAAUAUAUUACACAAUUCAAUGUCCAACUAAACAGACACUAUAAUAUAUGUAUGUGGCCUUAAUUUUUUAGACUAUUCCUAUUCUUCCUUGAUACAUAUUACCAAUCCUAUUCUUAUUCACUACUUUCUGAAUGGUGUAACAUUAAAACCUAAAAUAUUAAAUAUCAUCUUAUGCCUUACCACAUUCUAUUUGCAAUCCCAACUUAAACAUUACUGAAAUACACAUGUAUGCAUGCAUGAAACAUUAUAAAGUUCAAAGCAAGAAUAAGUUGGGCAUAUUACAUUCGCGCAAUGCGCGAUUAACAUUCUAGUCAUUUAUGUAGAUUGCGAAAAGCCAUUUAUGAUCUUAAGCAAGCUCCGAAGGCAUGGUUUCAUCGUUUUAGUAGUUUUCUGUUAUCUCAUCAUUUUUCGUGCAGCAAGUCUGAUAAUUCAUUAUUCAUUUACCGUCAGAAUAAUAAUGUCAUUUAUUUAUUAUUAUAUGUAGAUGACAUAUUUAUUACUGGCAAUUCUUCCGUUGUCAUUAAUUCAUUUAUUCAGUUUGUUGCUACACAUUUUGCUAUGAAAGAUUUGGGUGAUCUUCACUAUUUUCUGGGAGUCCAGGCUCUACGUUCCGCUAAAGGUUUAUUUCUAUCUCAGCAUAAAUAUGUUUCUGACCUUCUCUCUCGUUUUCAUCUCCACACUGUUAAAUCUGUUCGUACACCGCUUGCUACUCGCACUUCUUUGUCCCUUAAUGAUGGGGAGCUUCUUGCAGAUGCCACUGAGUAUAAAGUCAAGCGUAUUUUUAGAUACUUGCGGGGGACACUGGAUCAUGGAUUAUGGCUUCAACCGACUACAAAGACAACCUGUGUUAUUGCCUAUUUAGAUGCAGAUUGGGCAGGCUGUCCAGAUACAUCUCGUUCCACGGCUGGCUUUGCUGUAUUUUUGGCUCCCAACCUGGUCUCGUGGAAAUCCAAAAAGCAGCCUACUGUAUCCAAGUCCUCUACCGAAGCAGAGUAUCGUGCUGUUGCAUAUACUGUUCAGGAUACAUUGCAUAUUCGUUCAAUUCUUUUUGAGCUCGGCUUUCUAGUUACAGUUCCAGUUAAGUUUUUUGUGAUAACAUCUUUGCUUCAUAUUUGACUGCAAAUCCAGUUCAGCAUGCUCGUAGCAAGCAUAUCCAGAUAGAUUAUCAUUUUGUUAGAGAACAUGUGGCGCAUGGAGAUUUAGUCGUGAAGUACAUCCCUACACAACUGCAGUUAGCUGAUAAUUUUACUAAAAGUCUUUCUAGUCAGCAGUUUCACUUAUUAAAAGACAACCUGCGCGUUGUAUCUCCCGCACAGUUUGAGGGAGUGUAAUAGAAUAUUAUUAGGAAUAUUGUUUCCUAGUUUGUGCUAAACUCUUUUAUCAUACAUACAUACAUACAUACAUACAUACAUACAUACAUACAUACAUACAUACAUACAUACACACAUACAUACAUA